UCUCAAGUGAGGUCAGCAGGAGGCAUUUAUCUAAGCAGAGUGCACAGCGACAUGGGAAGAUGCACAGAGUCAGCCUGCCAGAAUCAGACAGACAUCCAUGGGAAUUGGCAGAAGCACCAAGCUCUUGCUUACCUCUACUUCAUCACUUUGCUUGGUUUACAACUGAGACGACAGCUUUAGAACUACAGAGGCUUCAAAUUAAAACUCUCUCUGAAAGGGAACACAUCUCCGACCAUUCGUGUCAUCACUCAGAGCACAUCGGCAUCCUGCGUAACAUUUGCUGAGCUGGAUUAUGAAGUCUCUUGUCGGACUAUGUUCUCAAGAGGAUGGAGCAGUCUAUGCAAAGCGUUGCUGAGGACUAAAGACAGAUAUCAUCACAUAGUACUGUCACCGGUAUUGUUCAGAGCACUCUCCAGCUUCAGUCAACCAGCUUCACAAAGUCUCCUCCACAACCACCUCGUCCCAACGUCCUAAUAGGAAUCACUGCCACAGGAACAGGGACCCGGAGGUCUCAACACGAGUGUUAUAGUCCGGGAUCAGGGGGUCACUAGGCUGAGGGAUAGCGCAUAGAUCUCUAUCUCACAUUUAAGUAUGUUGUUCAUUGACCCCCACUGCAUUGUAUUAUAAUGCGCAAAUGGAUGCUGACAUGGAACCUUCAAAAUCUGUUCUCGGGACUGUACCUGCAUGCUAUCUUCUUGUUUGGCAGUGUGUGUGUGGUCUACAGUGACUGCACUCCAGAGCAACUUGCCUCCAUCAUGAACUGCUCCAAACACGAGCGCCACACCAGGAACUACGACUACAUGGAGGGAGGUGAUGUGCGCAUCCGACAGCUGUUCAGCCGAACGCAGUGGUUCCUAACAAUUGAUGACAAUGGCAACAUCAACGGGACUCAAGACCCCACCAAUUGCUACAGUAUCCUGGAGAUCAGGACCGUUUCUGAGGGGGGCAUACUGGCUAUCAAAGGUGUGAAGAGUCAGUACUACAUCACUAUGAACAAGGCUGGACAGCUGCAAGGAAAGAGGAACUACAAUGAAAACUGCAACUUCAAGGAAGUUUUCCUAGAAAACUACUUCAACGCUUACUCCUCUGCAAAGUGGACUAAAAAUGGCAAAGAAAUGUUCAUAGCUCUGUCUCAGAAGGGCAGGCCGAUGCGAGGGAAGAAGACCAGGAGGGAGCAUAUAGCGUCUCACUUCAUCCCUAUGAAGUGCAGGGAGGAGGAGAGGAGAGUGGACUGACAAAGCUGAUGACUGAUAAGUCGCAGAUUGUGUAUGAUUUCAAUCACAUAUUAUAUAUGUUACCGGACACAUGUAAACUCAUUACCAACAUCACACUCCAUUCUCUUCUAGAUGUAGGCAGUUAUGUAAUAUUGUAUCAUAUGUUCUCGUUUUUCCUAAGUAAGCCAAGAGAUAUCAGAUGAGCACAUUAAGCUAUUCCAAACGGUCUCAAAUAAAAUGUUGAAACAAGAAAAUAUUUUAAACAGCUUUGAAUGAAACACAAACUCUAAAACCACUAAAGGCUACUUGUUGUUGUGUUCUUUUGAGUUAAAUACUAUAUUUCCUUAUAUAACAGUUGAGAGUUUUCUUAUAAAAAAGUACAAUGUAUGAUACACAGUCAAGACUGUAUCGUUUUCCAAAAAUGAUCUUCACCCAGCCAGAGGAGGAGAUCUCUAUGAUCAACAGAAAGGCCCACAAUGGAGAUUUGGCUUGACCAAGAAGUGCUGAAGCAAGCUGGACUUGUCUUUUUUUUUUUUUUUUUUUACUUGUAGUGCUCAGAGCAAACAAUACAGAGGCAGAACAAACUACAAUAGCAUGUUCAGUAGUUAAGAGUGUGUGUAUAGGACAUCUGUUGUGGAUGAUCUGUUUUGAUGACCAGACUCUGGUCAAGUGCAUGGUUGCUGCUCACUGAUUCCCUCUUUGUUAUCAAGGUGUGAUUUUGAAAUGCUAAAGUAUUCUGCUGCUGCUGAUUAAAAUAUCUAGAUUAAAGUACAAAGUGAACAACAUGUUAAAUGUGUAUGCUAUGCAGUCUCUUCAAGUUCAAGUUGAUAACCCUAUACAUGUAAAGAUUCAUAAGGUACAUUUAUUUUUACCACACAUAAUCAAAACAUUUCAAUCUCAAAAUAUGACUCACUCACAUCAUUUAUGGUUGUAAGUUAUUUGUAUAAAUCAUUAAAUGAUAUGUUAAGAGUGUUCCUUUUCCUUAAAAUGUGCAUUGUUCUACUUGUAUUAUUCUACUUGGCUUCUACUUGGUUUGCUAGUUGUUGUUUUUUUACCACUAGGGGGUAUAAGAGACUCUAAAGCAAAGAACUAGCUUAUCAAGUCAUUUUUGUCAACAACGUAUAGCCUACUUGCACACCCAGUAGCUUUUUGCAAUAUCCACAAGCACUUCUUCCUGUUUGGGUUUGACCAUUUUGCCGAAAACAUCUGCACUCAUUAACUUGCUUAAUGUUCUAUCUUUAGUCAGCACUUCAUAAUUUCACACCAGACAGUAUGCACCAAAAAUUCACGUGUUUCAAAGUUAAUGUGAAAAAUAUGACACAUGAACCAUUACUUUAUUCUGCCACUUAUUAAACUACAGAAUAAAGUGCACUGCAAUGA